UCCGUGGAUACACAGCCUGUCCAUCAUCAGGCGCCUUGCACGUUUACACUUUAGCUGAGCAACAGCUCUGUUUUGCUCGCGUCCAGUCACCACGUUGUUCCGCAGACUUUUCUCCAGAGUUGUCUGCUAUUCCAACAUGGGGAAAAGAAGCAGACAGCGGCAGAAAAACCAGAAUGCUGGCAGGGACAGCAGAGACACCGCUGGCUGGGGAGCUGGGUAUGCUGACAUUAUCAAGGAGAACAAGCUGUUUGAGAACUACUAUAAGGAGCUAGGUCUGGUACCUGAGGGGGAGUUUGAACAGUUCAUGGAAGCAAUGAGGGAACCUCUGCCAGCAACCAUCCGCAUCACUGGAUACAAGAGCCAUGCCAAGGAGAUCCUUCAUUGUCUGAAGGAAAAAUAUUUCAAGGAUAUUCAGGAGCUGGAAAUCGAUGGUCAGAAGAUCGAAGCUCCGCAGCCUCUCAGCUGGUACCCUGAUGAGCAGGCCUGGCACACCAACAUGAGCAGGAAGAUCAUAAGGAAGUCUCCCCUGCUGGAGAAGUUCCACCAGUUUUUGGUCAGCGAGACCGAGUCGGGCAACAUCAGCCGACAAGAAGCUGUCAGCAUGAUCCCAAAAAAGUUUAAAAAGAUAGUUUCUAUGCAGAUCCUGGACAUGUGUGCAGCUCCAGGGUCGAAGACAGCCCAGCUGAUCGAGAUGCUUCAUGCUGACAUGGAUGUGCCGUUUCCAGAGGGCUUUGUCAUUGCAAAUGACGUGGACAAUAAGCGGUGCUACUUGCUCGUGCACCAAGCCAAGCGGCUCAACAGCCCGUGUAUCAUGGUGGUGAACCACGACGCCUCCUGCAUCCCCACCCUGGAGAUCAACUCCAAUGGCAGGAAGGACAUCCUCUUCUAUGACCGCAUCCUGUGUGAUGUGCCCUGCAGUGGGGAUGGCACCAUGAGGAAGAACAUAGACGUGUGGAAGAAAUGGACGACCAGCAACAGCCUGCAUCUCCACGGGUGACAGCUACACCUCAGCUCGUCAAUUUUCAACAGGCUAAAUAUUUCACUUUGUGUUUUAUGAAAGUUAUGUGUAAAUGUCAUGUCUUAUGAAGACUGGCUGCUCUCUUGCUUCAUGUUACCAGGAGCGUUGGAGCUGGCUGACUGCUCAGCUGACCUGCCGGGGCUGAAGUGGAUGCCUGGGGUCACUUCCUGGAAGCUGAUGACUAAAGAAGGCCAGUGGUACACGGACUGGUCAGAGGUCCCGAGUAGUCGUCAUACGCAGAUCCGACCCACCAUGUUCCCGCAAAAAGACCCAGAGAAACUGGCAAGCUUUCAUCUGGAGAGAUGUAUGAGGAUUCUGCCACAUCACCAGAACACUGGAGGUUUCUUUGUGGCUGUGCUGGUGAAGAAAGCCCCGAUGCCUUGGAACAAAAGAUAUCCUAAGCUGAGGAAAGACUCCAAGCUGUUGAGCUCAGCUGCCCAAACCGGCAGCUCCAAGGAGGCUCCGUCACCAGGAGACACUCCACAUCUCCCCCCUGAAGGUUCCACUGAGAAGGUGGAGGGGAACAGCCAAGAGGAAAAAGUGGACAAGGAGGCAGAGGAGACGCCCAAAGGAGCUUCUGUGGGUCAGGAUGCUAAACCAGAGGGGAUGUGUGGGCCUCCACCCUCAAAGAAGAUGAGGCUGUUUGGAUAUAAAGAAGACCCCUUUGUGUUCUUAAGUGAUGAUGACCCCGUCUUCACCACCAUACAGUCUUUCUAUGAUCUGUCUCCCGACUUCCCCAAACUCAACGUCCUGACUCGGACCCAUGAGGGCAAGAAGAGGAACCUGUACAUGGUGUCCAAAGAGCUCCGUAAUGUCCUGCUCAAUAACAGCGAAUGCAUGAAGGUCAUAAACACAGGGGUGAAGGUGUGGUCUCGCAAUAGUGAAGGAGAGGAGUUUGGCUGUGCCUUUAGACUGGCUCAGGAGGGUAUUUACACUCUGCAGCCAUAUAUACGCUCCAGGAUCAUUAGGGUGAGUGUGGAGGACAUCAAAGUGCUGCUGACCCAGGAGAACCCCUACCUCAGCAAGCUGGAGGAUGAAGCGCAUGCACAGGCCCAGAAAAUUGGAAUGGGAAGCAUUGUGCUGAAGUACAUCCCAAACCCAAAUAACCCGGGGGAACCUCAGUGUCCCAUCCAGCUGUGUGGCUGGAGGGGAAAGACGUCCAUCCGAGCAUUCGUCCCCCGCAAUGAGAGGUUUCAUUACCUCCGAAUGUUAGGUGUGGAGGUCUUCAGAGACAAACAGGGCCUCGGGCAGAAACGGAGUGAUGGAGAAAAGGACGGAAAGGAGGAAGCAGAGGAUGCGGCAGAGAAGGACGAAGAGCAGGAAGAGGAAAGAGCAGCAGACAAAGAGGUGGAUUUGGAGAACGGCAAUGAAAAUGGAUCAUCAGAAUCAAAGACCGACUGUGGUGACAAAGAGACGAGCAGCUGAGAGCGUGAAGGCGAUCGUAAUGAGAAAGGACUGACUGACGUAUCGGAGCUUUAAGAGCUGUUGACCAGGUCCACAACCACACGCUGUGGUACAGGAGGGUAACGCACCGCUACGGGUUCCUCUGCUCACCACACUGCCAGUGCACAAGGAUUCCCUCCCAGAGAUGCACUCCCGUGGGAUUUUUCAUUUAUUGGAGCCUCUCUAGGAGUCAGCAUUUUAGUUAAAUGGCUUAUGUUAUUUUAUAAACCUUUUUUUUUGCAUUUUAACAAAUAUAUUCCACCAAUGAGUGGAACAGAUCCAUUUCAUUCAAUUGCUCACAUUCAGGUUUCUAUUAAUUGCUGUUUUAUUUUUUACACCUGUAAUUAAGCAGAAGUGCGAAGCUGAUUAAAUGCUUAAAAGGUU